CCGAUUUGUAAUACACAGAAAAAUUAACCACGACGCUUCCAGUCUCUUGUCACAGUUCCGGCGUAGCCAAGCUGUCAAUUCUCCGCAAUUUACCGGCGAUUUCAGAUUCCGAUUCCGUCGAUCGGAGAACUCCACAUCGGCGGCUGCGGAGGCUGCGGUGAUGGCGAAGGUAAGCUCAGGCCUCGCUUAUCCGGAGCGGUUUUAUGCGGCGGCUUCAUAUGCUGGAUUUGAUGGAUCCGCGGAUUCCACCGUUGGAGCCGUGGCCUCUAAAUUCUCCAAUGAAACUGCUUUACUCCUCUACGCUCUCCACAAGCAGGCAACAUUGGGGCCUUGCAACAUGCCGAAGCCUAAAAGCUGGAAGCCCAUCGAGCAUAGCAAAUGGACUAGCUGGAAUGGACUUGGGGACAUGCCAUCUACAGAGGCAAUGCGUCUCUUCGUUAAAAUCUUAGAGGAAGAAGAUCCAGGGUGGUAUUCAAGAGUCUCGAACAAUGUUGUUGAACCUAUGGUUGAUGUAAAAAUGAAUCAGAAUCCAGAAGUUGUGGUUGCUCCUGAUAAUGGAAAUGCCUAUCCUGAGAUGAAAACUGUUGCUACUGUAAAUGGUCAUUUUUUAGAAAGUCAGGAUAAGGAUGUUGUAUCUGAAGGCCUUGAAGUAGUCAGUGUGUAUGACCAGUGGGUCUCGCCGCCAGUAUCUGGCAAGCACCCAAAAGCCAGAUAUGAGCAUGGAGCUGCAGUUAUUGAAGAUAAGAUGUAUAUAUUUGGUGGGAAUCACAAUGGCCGCUACCUUAAUGAUCUUCAGGUUUUGGACAUGCGAUCUUGGUCUUGGUCCAAAGUUGAAGUUCAAGAAAGGACUGAUGGCAUGACAUCUCCCUGUGCUGGCCAUUCCUUGAUACCAUGGGAUGGGAAUAAGCUUCUCUCAGUGGGUGGACAUUCAAGAGAUCCUUCUGAAACUUUACAAGUAAAGGUGUUUGAUCUGCCAACUUGCACUUGGUCCACCUUGAAGACUUAUGGAAAGCCUCCGAUCUCUCGAGGAGGACAUUCGGUGGUUCAUGUUGGAACGACUCUAGUCAUAUUUGGAGGACAGGAUGCAAACAGAUCUCUUCUGAAUGAUCUACAUAUUCUGGAUCUGGAAAGCAUGACGUGGGAUGAAAUGGACCCAGUGGGGGUGCCGCCAUCUCCAAGGUCUGAUCAUGCUGCUGCUGUACAUGCAGAUCGUUACCUUCUCAUCUUUGGUGGUGGUUCACAUUCAGCUUGCUUCAAUGACCUGCAUGUUCUUGAUCUUCAAACUAUGGAAUGGUCGAGACCAAUACAACAAGGUGAGAUACCUAGUCCUCGAGCUGGUCACUCUGGUGUGACGAUUGGAGAGAAUUGGUUCAUUGUUGGUGGUGGAGAUAACAAGAGUGGAGUCUCUGAGACUAUUGUUCUCAACAUGUCCACAUUAGUCUGGUCAGUUGUAACAACUGUUCAAGGGCGUGUUUCCCUUGCCAGUGAGGGUGCUACUGUAGUCUUGAGUUCGUACAGCGGCGAAGAUAUUCUGGUAGCAUUUGGAGGAUAUAAUGGGAGAUAUAACAAUGAGGUCAAUGUACUGAAACCAAGUCAUAAAACAUCUUUACAAACUAAACUCACCGAGAGACCAGUGCCUGAUAGUCUAUCUGCUGUUCAAAAUAAUACAAAUGCUACUAGAGAUUUGGAGUCUGAGUUGGGAAUGGGCCAAGAAGGAAAAACAAGGGAGAUUGUUAUGGAGAAUACCGAUUCAGAAAGAAAUAUUCCCAAGGUUGAAGAGAUGAAUAAAAAUCUCGUUGCAGUUCUUAAGGCAGAAAAGGAAGAGCUUGAAUCAUCUCUUGCUAAUGAGAGAAUGCAUGCACAGCAACUGAGGCAAGAGCUAACAGAAGCAGAAACUCGUAACGGAGACUUGUACAAGGAGCUCCAAUCUUUGCGCGGCCAGCUUGCUGCCGAACAAUCCAGAUGUUUUAAACUUGAGGUAGACGUGGCUGAGCUGAGGCAGAAGCUCCAAACCAUGGAAACCCUGAGAAAAGAAGUAGAGAUUCUCCAAAGGCAAAAGGCUGCCUCGGAACAAGCGGCGCUAGAUGCAAGACAAAGGCAGAGCUCAGGCGGUGUUUGGGGGUGGCUCGCCGGAACACCACCUGACCAAAGAGCUAACAUCGAUGAAUCAUGAAAAUCUAAAGUUGAUGUUAAUUCAUAUUACAUGUUUUGUGCGUGCCUCUCGUCAAAUUAUACAUUAUACCACCUCUCGUAGUUCACAUUCUUUUCUUAUUAUAUUUUUUGCGAACAAAUAAGAAUGUAUUCUCCUCGAGUAGAACCCGCACUCUAUACAUGUUGGAAUGAAGUGGAAUAGCUGGUUUCCGAUGCUCGAUACACACAUAUGUAUGUGUCAUUUUGAUGGUGUGACUUGUGAGUCUCUCUGGUUGUACACUUGAUAGAUAGUCUGUUUUGAUUGUUUUUAUGAAUCAUUUUCAUUGUGACACAGCCAGUUGUUUGUAAUUAAUUAUAGGGUUUGUUAUUUUUGCGCUUUA